AGAUAUCAUUAGUAUAAACUUGCACAUCUUUUUUUACUAAUUGCGCUAGUGUAAUGGGUGCUCCGUAUAUUUGCUGCACAACUAUUCCUCUAUUUCCCUACGAGCUAGAUAUUGCGCUUUUGUUUUAGAAAUUAUAUUUAGUAAAGGCCAAGCUUAUUUAUAAUAGUUUUAGGGCAAUUCUCAAUAUCAUACCAGAUUUUCUCAUCACAAGAUAAGAACAAUGAUAGUGGCUGGUGGGCUACGAAAUACUACUGGCUACUUUCUAGCUCUGUUAAUCAUAUUGUUGCUUCUCAUGAAUGGUGAAAUUACUUCUGAUUAUCUAUCAAGUGCGAAGGCUCCAAUUUCUUGGAUUAACAACAACCCAAACUCUAGUUGGAACUCAGAAGAGUUUACACUGCAACCUAUCUUCGUCAAUGACAAUGAUGAGCCUUCCGCCGUUUGUGGCUUCUACUGCAAAGUUGAAGACAACAACACCUGCCUCUUUGCUAUCUCCAUCUUCAUUUCUGGAGGCAGCUCAUAUCCAAUUUCAAAAAUGGUAUGGUCUGCUAAUCGAAACAAUCCGGUUGGACGUGGGGCAAAAUUGCAACUUUCCCAACAAGAGGGUCUAACACUGCAAGAUGGUGAUAACACUCUGGUUUGGUCUACAAACACAUCAGGUAAAUCUGUUUUGGAUUUGACGUUAACUGGUGAAGGUAAUCUUCAGCUGUUUGAUGGAAACAACGAGACGGUUUGGCAGUCUUUUGAUCACCCGACUGACUCUUUGGUGUUUGGAAAGACACUAGUUUCUGGGCAGAAAUUGGUGGCAAAUGCCUCCCUGCUCUAUUACCAAUCCUCUAAUUCCCAAUCAAGAAACCAAACGGGCCAGUUUUAUUAUGCUAAAUUCGGGUCGGAUAAUUUUGGUACUCUCUCCUUUCCAGGAACAGAAGUUCAUACAGCAUCUAUAGUUUUUACUGUUCUACAAUUAGAAUAUGAUGGGCACUUAAGAGCCUUCUGGUGGACAGGAUCAGACUGGAAGGAAGCCUAUGAUUUGUUCGAGGAUAGACUUGAUUCAUGUAGUUACCCAUUAGUGUGCGGAGAAUAUGGAAUUUGUUCAGCGGUAGGACCCUGCAGCUGCCCAGAUGCAGCUAAAAAUGGAAGUACGUAUUUCAGGCAGAUAAAUUCUUCACAGCAAAAUUUUACAUGUUCUCCAUAUAAUCCAAUAUCUUGUAAGUCUCCUAACCAGAGUCUUCUUGAAGUCAAGGACGUUGAUUUUGCUCUUCCUAAUUUUGGGAGAGGUAAUUAUCACCAAGCAGACAUAGAGAGCUGCAAGCAAGGCUGUUUAAAGAACUGUUCUUGCAAGUAUGCUCUUUUUAUACAUGAACAUGAUAGUAAUUCCUCAUCACCUGGCCAGUGCUUUUUAAGAUCCGAAGCUUUGUCGUUCAAGCGAGUGAAUACAUCUUACAAUCAAUCAUCUCUGUUUUUAAAGGUGCAAAGUCUUCAACGUGCACAGAUUCCUCCAUUGCAAGAUUCACCUAAAAAAGGGAGAAGACAGAAUAUAGGAGUUAUACUUGGAUCCACUCUUGGAGCCUCUUUGAUUGUGCUUCUUAUUAUCUGCAUUCUCUCUUUCCUAAAAAGUAAAAAGGAUCCAAAGGAGCAACAAGCUUGGCGAGGAGGAUUUGGUUGUGUUUUUCAAGGAACAUUACCUGGUGGAGCUCAAAUUGCAGUGAAAUGCCUUGAUGGUUUUGGUCCUGUAAGGAAGUCAUUUAUAGCUGAGGUUGAGACCAUAGGAAGCAUUCACCAUUUCAAUUUGGUACGAUUAUUUGGGUUUUGUGCUGAGAAAUCCAAUAUGCUUUUGGCUUAUGAGUAUAUGUGUAAUGGGUCAUUGGAUCAAUGGAUCUUCCACACAGACAAAGCACUUGUUCUUGGUUGGCAAUGCAGAAGGAAGAUCAUUCUAGACAUAGCCAAGGGACUAGCAUAUCUCCACGAAGGAUGCAGGCAGAAAAUAAUUCACUUGGAUAUCAAACCACAAAACAUCCUUUUGGAUGAAAAUUUCAAUGCCAAGGUUUCUGAUUUCGGGUUGUCUAAGCUAGUAGGGAGAGAGCAAAGCCAAGUUGUGACAACAAUGAGGGGAACACCAGGAUACAUGGCCCCUGAGUGGUUGAACUCGGUAAUCACAGAAAAGGUAGAUGUAUACAGCUUUGGUAUUGUUGUUCUGGAAACUUUAUGUGGUAGAAAAAAUGUUGAUCGAUCUUUGCCAGAAGAGGAUACCCAUUUGUGCAACGAGGAGAUGCAAUCAAAUGCAACAGAGGUUGUGGAGAUGAUGAAAGUUGCGGCAUGGUGUUUGCAAGGUGAAUAUGCUAGCAGGCCUUCCAUGUCCAUUGUGGUGAAGUUCCUAGAGGGCAAAAUGGAUGAUGAAAAUGAAUAUGAUUUCUCAGAGCCACCAGCACCGGCUGAGGUGGAAACUUUCGGACACCAAACUGAUACAGCUGCAUUGAUUCCAUCUGUUUUAUCUGGUCCAAGGUGAUGAUAUGGAAGAGAGGACAUAAAGAUGUACUGCUAGGGUAAUACUUCACUUCUUUUUAUGAUUGCACUUCCUUUAUCUUACGAUUUUGCUUCUGUUUUCAGUCAUUACGUCUUUCCAUUUUGCUUCUGGAACAUUACUCUGUUUGCUUUUGAAUUCAUUGACUGGCUUCUUAUAUCUAACUGCCCAAUCAACUUAUCUUCUUUUCUCUACGGAGUUUCUUAUAAUAACACAAUAAAUUACCUUGUUUUUU